CAGUUCUCGUUGUCAAACAAAUAAAAGCCGUAAACAUUGCAUUUUCCGCGUACGGGUCGGUUCGGAAAAUUUUAUUCGACCACCUCUCUUCAAUAUUUUAAUCAAAAUUCCUGAAUUUGUGCCGUGUAAAUAGAAGCAAAUAAAACUGAGAUGGUUCGACCGCUUUGGUCGCUCGUGUUUAUCCUGUUCAACGUUGUGUGCCCGUCGCUGCAGUUCAACGACGUGUUCGACGAGGAACUGCUGAUCAAGCCACUCCCCGAUGGGUUCGUGUACAGCUACUUCCAGUUCACGACACGCUGGGACGUUUCGCAGAACGAUAGUCUGCUUCACACCCACCUUCUAUCGCGCUCGCUGACCGAGCUGUUCCACCACUACGGCGUAAGCGAGCUGCACCUGAGCUUCACCAACGGAAUCUGGCGCUACGAAAACUGGGGCUUCCCGGUGGUCGAUGCCGGCCCUGGUGCCGAAGUGUGGGCUUGGUUCGAACCACUGGCCGACGAUGCCGAAGUGGACCACAAAUGGAAGCAACUGUGCGGUACGCUUUCGGGACUGUUCUGCGCUUCGUUGAGCUUUGUGGACAAGACGAACACGUUCCGGCCGGAGUAUUCGCUGCGACCGAUGACGCAUCGGUUCGAAGGGAUGGGUGAACCGAAGGUUCGAUAUGCUGCUUUGCCGCGGGAGAUUGUCUGUACGGAGAAUUUGACCCCGUGGAAGAAACUGCUGCCCUGCAAGUUGAGGGAAGGAUUGGUCUCGCUGUUGACGGCGGAUCACGUGUAUUCGGGGAACUACCAUUCGCUGGCGGUGCACAUGCGGAAGUUGUGCGUCGAUGCGGAGUGCCGUGAGUUCCAGUUGGAGGUGCGUCAGAGUGUGAGCUUGGUUCAGGAUCAACGACUUUUCGGCGGAAAGGAUUGGUCCAUCAGGAAGCUGUUCGGGCAAGGGGUGGAAGGGGCUUGCGUGUUGGCCGAUAGGAGCAAGGUGUAUGUGGACGUGACCGACAAGAACUACGACAUGACUCAGAAACCAACGAAUGAGAUCCGAUCGAUCAGGGGUGGCGCGAAUUCGGUUCUGUAUGAGUACGACUUGAAGGAGUUCGAGAAGAAGCAGCGAAUGUUUAACGUGGCUGCUGUGGACAAGAAUGAUCCCAAUGUGAUCGCGAUUACUCCACAGCCUCCAAUCUUCUCGAAACGAUUCAUUUUCGGCGUGGGGCAGGAGCGUGGACGGAUCGUGACACGCAUAACCAACACCCAUUGGGCGGAUCUGAAUUUGAUAAUUUUCGAAAACAUUCCUUGGUUCGUACCGAUCUACCUGUACACUCUGAGGAUCACCCGAGGGGAUCAGCGAAUCGAACCUCGCACCGUUAAGUACAUUCCGGGUCGACAGCGAGAGCGACCGUCGCAUCUGGAGAUUGCUUUGACCAUUCCAACUCGCUCGACCAUCGAACUGUCGAUCGACUUCGACUACAUUUUCCUCAAGUGGCAAGAGUACCCACCGGAUGCCAGCCACGGACACUAUUUGCAACCUUCAAUCAUUUCGGUGCUGCUGCCGGUGGCUCGCAACUAUACAUCCUUACCGCGGGAAGCUUCCCUGUUCCGGGAAUCUUUCAAUGCCACCCAACCGAAUGGCUAUUUCUUGCAAAUUCGUACGGAAGCGCUUCUCCUGACGCUACCCAUUCCGGACUUCAGCAUGCCGUACAACGUGAUCUGUUUGGCUUGCACGGUAGUGGCAUUGGCAUUCGGUCCGAUUCACAACAUUUCCACCAAGCGGAUCGUCGCCAAAAGUAAGGAACCAGCGAAAGCAAAGCUGACCGAUAAGAUCAAGGGCUGGUUUAGCAAGAAGCGUAAGAAAAAUGAGGAAGAGAAGACUGAUACUACUAUCGCUGGGGAAGAUAAAUAGUUUUAAUUGGAACAAUUCCUAGUCAUAAUCAAUAAAAGGGAUUUCGAAGCCAA